AUGACGGCAACUGAAGCUACAUUAGAAAGUGAUAAUGCCGUAGAAUUAUUUACAAAACUUUUCGAGAACAAACACAAACUGGGUAAUGCAAACAGUUUGGCCAGUAAUGAGAAAUUACAACAGAUGGCAGGUCGUGUCACUCGAGGUUCGAAAGAAAAAGAUUUUGAACAUCUGCAACUACAUGGACCUGCUGUCAAAAAAUUUGCUUGGACUAUGGGUGGCGAUGGCUUAUCUGUGUUUCUCGAAAAGUCAAACUUGGAUGCACUCCGUUCUCUUGGCUGCGAGGACAAAUGGAUUCGAAAGAAACUAGAAGAUGGUGAACACUUUCGACUAGGAGUAUUCUACAUGUCGCCUGAUUGCGUUUCAGCUACAUGGGAAGGAGUACUAUCAUUAAUCGAUAAACACUACCCGAAGUCUAUUUCGACCAAAAUUCAUCGACAUGCUGACUCAUUAAAGCAAAUGAGUUUCGAUGAGAUUGAGGCGCGUGCUCGAUUAUCAUUUCUUCGUGGUGCAUCUUAUUUUGAAAUCAGUGAAUCGUCUGUUGGAGGCUAUUCAGCUGAUGAUCGUUUCAUGACCGAAGAGAGAUUUUUACAAUGUGAAGGUACACUUGAAGAGUCGCGGGGUUUUCUCUACAAUAGAUUAGGUCUCUCUAAAUUAUUUGAUGGAAGCGGGCUAACCAAGGAUUCGAAUGGACAAUUGUGUGUACCAGAAUAUUUACAAUUGAACAUACCUGUUCGAGACAUACCAGGGUUUCACUAUUUGGAUUUACCUAUCGAUAUGGCUGAUAUCAUGCCUAACGCUUGA